AGAGCUUGUUUUUCUGAAACAAGAAAGGCGGAGUCAGGCUGGCGUCCCUGGAAAAGGUGGGGAUCCCUGGGACGCGGAGUCCUGGGGAGGCUGGGCUAGUGUGAAGGCUGCUUUAGGUUCCUUCCUGUAUGUGACGGAGAAUGUUUUAAGUGACUUGCUUUGGUGACUCCAAACUUGUGCACGCCAGAGGCUGCUCUUUCAACAGGCGAUUUGUUCUCCUGCCUGUGGCUCAUUUCCAUGCAAAGAGCCUGACAUCAGAGUACCUUUUGUUACUAAAAGCUUUCUUUAGCUGGGGGAGUGAGCAGUCAUGUGAAACUGGGAGAGCUCAUUUGGAAGAAAGGGGUACUAGAAAGUUAUCUACGCGCUGAAAAGAAACCAUAGGCACCUAUUCUGCUAGCGGUGCCUUACAAGCUGACUCUCUAAGGGACUCGCUUUUAGAUGGAUGUUUGUCUGUUUGUGGGAAGGACGAUUUUACAAUGAAUCCUUUGCUCUUAAGCUUACGAGAACCCCCGCGGUGAAACUGUGGCGUAGGCUUACCUUCUGCUACCCUGUUGCUGCAGCUCUACCAGAAAAGUUUUGGAAGGAAUGUCAGCUGUGUACAGCUCCUGGCUCCAUCAGCUAAGAGAGGACAGACCCUAGGGGAAAGCUCUAAUGACCGAGCAGGAUCUGGCAUCUGACCUGGAGGAGAUUUCCAGCCCCCCCCCCCUUGUCCUUGAAGAUUUCUUUUGGGAAGCAGUGAUUUGGCUGGUAGCAGAGAUCAGAUGAAAAGGCAUCGUGAAGCUGUUGAGAAGGACUGGGGAAGUGUUUGUUGUUGGUGUGUGGUGUGUUGAAGAGUCAUCCCUUUGACAGAAAGUUGUUGUUGGGAACCAGUAUUAAGCUCUACUGAGGCAGGGAAUCCAUCUAGUCAUGGAGGAGGAACAAGCAGCCUGCCCCGAACCCCAGCCAGACAGCAUGAUGUCUGAUGCGUUCUCCAAGCUGUGGACGGAUGUAAUGGGAAUACUGGACGGGUCACUGGGUAACAUCGAUGACCUGGCACAGCAGUACGCAGAUUACUAUAACACCUGUUUUACUGAUGUGUGUGAGAGGAUGGAAGAGCUGCGCAAACGGCGGGUUUCUCAAGACUUUGAUAUGAUAAUCUGUCGCAGUGAUCUUGCAUCUAAAAGACAAAGGGUGAGGAUGGAGAUCAAACAUACAGGUGUCCUGCUCCAGGUUGAAACAAAACUCACUCAGUGAAAUUGUUCUGGAGAACAGUAUAUCUUGCAUCAACGGAGCGGUGGCACCAGAUGGAUGGCGGCUGCAGAUGGAUGGAAAGCAGAGUUCUAUAAGCAAGGAUUAUGGUUCCAAACUGUAAUGUUAUCAAGACUUUUUAGUUGGUCCCUAAGCACAAUAACUGUAUUUUCAUUUGGAUUUUUGCCUUUGUUUUUAUAAUGGUGAAUAUGCUGGGUUUGGGGGCAUUAGUGUUUGUGAACAGCAAGGGAGUUACCCACAUUUGCAAACAUUUUCAUUUGUAAAUUUUCAAAUUGUAAACAUUUGGCCUGUUCCUGCACACCAUGUGUUUCCUUGGCUGGGGAGAACUGCAGUCAGAGUAGAUAGUGGCUUUUCAAGCCUAAAAGGGAUGGAUCACUGGUAAUAUUCAACUGGACAUCUGUUAAAAUGAAGUUAUGGCCAGAAAAGUGACUCUGUGAAAAUGGCACCUUGUUACUGUUCAUAUCUGCUUCCUGUGAGUCUUUGGAGAUGUAUCCGCUCAGUUUCCUGACAUAAACAAGUUUGUAGUGCUGUCAACAGGGCACCGCAGAAAUGAUAUAGCUGUGAAAGAGCAUACUGCAUUGUGUUGUCUCAUCCAUCACUGACAAUCACCAGCUAAGUUCUGAUUCCAGGAUCUCUAUUGUGGCUGAUGAUCUGUAAGGCAAAGAAAAUACAGCUUGAGAUUCAGGUUGAGUUUGUGCUUAUGUCACUGGCAAAUGAUAAAAAUGUUUGGACUUGUAAGAUGCUCAAAUUAAAGAUGGACGUCAAUGAGAAGCAAUA